AUGUUGACCAGAAGGACACCAACCGUCAGCACAUUCAGUCAGGCAGUAGCAGCAGCUUCCUCCUCAGCCAGGGACAAGGGCAGUCUUCAUGUACCCUACAUUGACACGCCGCUCCCCUCGCCAAGUCUCCCGUCGAUUCUACCUCGUCAUGGAAAGAAAACAGCUCCCCGUUGGAGGCGACGCAGGCUCCGGAUGCUCUUUUGGAUGGUGGGGGGCCUGUGUUUAUUCCUACUCAGCCGAUCGAUAUCCAAAAACGCAGAGCCACACUCCGAUUCCGAUUAUCUAUUGUCACCACUGGAAGAGGAUGGCGACUUUGAGAUUGUCGGGACGAAUGUCCUCCCGGAACAACCUGUCGCUCUGAUGGUUACAGAUGCAUAUGGAAAGAAGAGGUGGACGGUCUCGAUUCCUCCUGUAAAAGAGUUCCCUCUGGCCCCGUCAGAGUACGAAACCAUCUGUCGCCAGUGUGAUGAAAUUUCGAGCCUGAUUGCUAAUGACGGGAACAACAAAUAUUAUUCGCAGCCUGGACAAAUGGACUUUUACCGAAAGGAUCUGUACUAUAUGGACAUUACCGACGCUCAAGACGAAGGACUACUCCCGGGAAGUACUGCAGAGUCCAAUGAACAGCCCCAUUAUCAAAAAACUGCGGAUACUAAGUUGCCGGGCACUCGUUCCACAGAGACUGAUGCAAAGGCGGACACAGAGAAACAGAUUUGCGAGAACAGCCUUACCUACGUACUACAGAGUAGUGAUGCUGGGUUCGGUAAGACUUUGAUGGGUCUGUGGAUGAGUUACGGACUGGCCAAGGAGGAAGGUAGAUCAUUCUUCAUUGACGAUUCAGACUGGGAAUACGGACAGUACAGCACGUACUUUCAACCACCACCAAAGCCAAACUGCUUACCCCCUCCAGCCACGCUGAGAGUGCCAUGUCCUCAUGAUGCAAAACAUCUAGUGGUAUCUGCAGUCACCACGCCGUGGAUAUUCGGGGAUAGCUUCACUGCUCAUUUCACGGAUGCGAGGGCUACUGCAGGAAUCAACCGCCAGCGCCGGAUUUUCUCAUUCCUGAGAGCCGGGUUUGAGGCCCUCUUCCGUCUAUCAGAUGAAGAUAACGACUACCUAGGAAUUCGGCUUGAGGAUCUAAAAAACUCAAUCGAUCGCGGAGGGUUGCUGAUCGGUAUCCACGUUCGCCAUGGUGACCUCCAUCCCAUCGAACCGCGGUACCAGGAUGCUUACAUACCCCUUCAGAAAUAUGCAAGUGCAGCUGCUAAUAUCCUUGAAUCGACAUUCUCGCCUACCCCUAGCGACGGAGGAUCUUCUUUUAACAAGCGGAGUGCGUCGAGAAUCAUUUUAGCCUCUGAUGACCCGGACGUCUACGGCGCCAUGGAAUUCCAGAACGCACAGAAGGCGCAGAGCCGCAUAUCACUUGCCAGUAAAUCGACAAUUGAUGCUGCCAUGGUCGCUCAGCAAAGUCUAAGCAAAUCGGUUCAGAAGAAUCUCGGGUGGGAAGGAGGCUUCUUCAAGAACCUCUUCCUAUCGUUAGGCGCUCCGGCGGCGAGGCCAAUCAUCGACAGCCCCCGUCCGUCCAAAAGUCAAACUCGAGACGUAGACUCCGGGAUAGACAGCUAUCACCCGAGUGCGGAUUCUUUAGUUUCCCCUGCCGAAGGCCUGCGGCUCCGAGAGCUAGUCGGCCGCGCUUAUCUGCUCGACCUUGCUGUGCUGGGUCAUUCCGAUAGACUGAUCUGCGGCAUUAGCAGUGUCACAUGCCGCCUUUUGGCAGUAAUGAUGGGCUGGAGUAAUUCCCUAGAACAGGGUGCAUGGCAUAAUAUUGACGGUCCUUUCGAAUGGUUCAGUCUAAGUCUUUAG